CUUCAUCUCAAUACAAAGCAUCCGAAUCACCCAGAGUACUCUUGCCUACUUACAUUGUGAACUAAUAAUCCAACUUUUUCCAUCAUGUCGGCUCAAGGAUCAGACAUCGUUCUCUACACAACACAGACGCCCAAUGGCAUCAAGAUCUCCAUUACUCUGGAAGAGCUUGGUCUUCCCUACAAAGUAGAGAAAAUUGAAAUCAACAAGAACACGCAAAAGGAGGACUGGUUUCUCGCCAUCAAUCCCAAUGGCCGUAUCCCAGCAUUGACCGACCGAUUCACCGACGGCCAGACAAUCAACCUGUUCGAGUCCGGAAGCAUCAUGCAGUACCUGGUCGAGCGCUACGACACUGAGCACAAGAUCUCGUACCCUAAGGCUAGCCGUGAGUGGUAUGAGACGAACAACUGGCUGUUCUACCAGAACGCUGGUGUAGGACCUAUGCAAGGUCAAGCUAAUCAUUUCUCUCGCUACGCCCCCGAGCACAUCGAGUACGGAGUUAACCGAUACACGAACGAGACACGCCGCCUCUACUCUGUGCUCGACAAGCAUCUUGCAUCUGAUAAGCGACCGUACCUUGUGGGCGACAAAUGCACUAUUGCUGAUAUCGCGCACUGGGGCUGGGUCGCAGCAGCAGGCUGGGCAGGUGUCGAGAUCGAGGACUUUCCGAACCUCAAGGCGUGGGAGGAGCGCAUGGCUGAGCGAUCCGGGGUCGAGAAAGGACGCCACGUGCCUGAUCCGCACAAAAUUAAGGAACUGCUCAAGGACAAAGCCAAGAUGGAGCAGCAGGCCGCAGAGUCUCGCAAAUGGGUGCAGGCUGGCAUGAAGGCAGAUGCCGAGAAGUCUGGCAAGUAAGUACUAUGUUUCAGGAUCUGAUAGUUUCGAUGGGGCGUGGAGCUGCGAUCGUGAUUCUGGGCUCGAUGGAGACAUUCUUGAGAGUGCUGAUAGGAGGUUGUGGCUACCGAGUGCCUGUGCGCAGUUGUUGAGGGCGUGAUGAUGGGAUAAACUUGGUCGAUGGAGUAGUCGUCCUCGCUGACCAUUUUGUCCUACUAGACUGUAGACUCUCUGAAUCCGAAUCCGAAUUGACAACGGUUG